CUACCGAAUUAGAGAUUUAAAUAUUUUAUUAAUUGAUGUGAAGUGAUGAAAUAUGUAUCUCGAGUCACAAUCUGAUUGUGUACGCUACCACAUGACGGCGUUUUCUUAGGGUGACCUAUAAAAUUGAGUACCGUCACGAAAUCAUCCAUUAAAACCAAAUCAAUUGCUAUUUAUAGUCAAACCCAAUUUCACCCUCUUAUUUUCUGCCAAAAAAAAAGCUUGGACGGACCCUUUCUCCAUUCAAUCGCCGGCUGACAUUGCUCGCCGUCGUCGGUGCUCACAACGAACAAGAAUAAGAAAUCCAAUACGCAAAGCUCAACGACAAAACAAUUUGUUGAACAUCUUCGAGUUUCCAGGUGAAGUUUUGUUUUGAACAUUGUGAUAAAAGGGCAUGGAUGGGAAGACUUGGUUAAAGGUGGCUAUUUUUUUAUGCUUAUUUGCCCUUUCAACUGGUAGAGAACUCAAAGUGAAGGCCAAGAACAAGCAUCAUGCAGCUAUAUAUAAUCACACCCUUGCCACCAUAUUAGUGCAAUAUGCUUCAGCAGUCUAUGUGUCCGAUUUAACGGAAUUAUUUACCUGGACAUGCUCAAGAUGUAAUGAUUUAACUAAGGGAUUUCAAAUUCUAGAGCUCAUUGUUGAUGUGCAACGAUGCCUCCAGGCCUUUGUCGGUGUGGCAGAGGAUCUUAAUGCCAUUGUUAUUGCAUUCAGAGGCACUCAGGAAAGCAGCCUACAGAAUUGGAUUGAAGAUCUAUACUGGAAGCAGCUUGAUAUAUCUUAUCCAGGAAUGGAAGGUGCAAUGGUGCGUGUGCAUCAUGGAUUUUAUUCUGCUUAUCACAACACAUCAUUGCGUCCAGGAGUGCUAAGUGCUGUUAAAAGAGCGAAAGAUUUAUAUGGAAAUAUUCAAAUUAUAGUGACCGGGCACUCAAUGGGAGGAGCGAUGGCUGCUUUCUGUGGCCUGGAUCUCACCGUGCAUCUUGGAUGCCAGAAUAUUUCGGUUAUGACGUUUGGGCAACCACGAGUUGGCAAUGCUGCUUUUGUGUCCUACUACAGAGAACGGGUCCCCAAUACAAUUCGUAUUACAAAUCGUCAUGAUAUUGUGCCUCAUUUGCCCCCUUACUAUCACUACUUCCCUCACAAAACUUAUCGUCAUUUCCCCAGAGAGGUCUGGCUUUAUGAUCUUGGCUUUGGAAGUUUAGUUUAUACAGUUGAAAAGGUCUGCGAUAAUUCUGGGGAGGAUCCUUCUUGCAGCAGGAUCCAGAAAGAAACAUUUUGGAUUAAAAACAUGUCGACACACCUAAAGGUCGGUGAGUGGCAACAGUAUUAAGGAUCAUUUGAGAUAUUUUGGUGUAAAAUUAUCAUGUGAUGUAUCGGCCGGAUGCAGAAUUGUGAUGGAUAAUAAUCUCGCCGCGUAUCACACAGCAGAUAGCGAGGGAAAUAUCAUUUUCUCCCGAAAUAUAUCUUCUGUUUUGAGGAUGAAUGUGGAGUCUAGUGAGGAAGGGAGAUCGUUAUAGAGAUUCAUUGGGAUUAGCACUUUGGCUUUCUAAAAUUUGUGAGAGCUGAAGCAUAGUUUCCCGCUUAAAGCUUAAAUAAAUAGGAAAUUGUAUAGCAAGUCAAAUUAUGCAGUUCCGUCCUUUGCUUGGAAGGACGUCAUGUAUAUAGUUCCUUUUCUUUAACUUUGUUUUUGUUACUUUUGUACAUCUCAUCCAUGUAAAUAAAAAUAGAUUAAAGUA